UCCUUUCAAGACUUCAAAACACAGAUCUUCAAACCCUAGGUUCCUUCUCCAGCCAAACUUCAACCUCUCCAGCCGCACAUCCACCUCCUCCUCCACGACCUCCACCUCUGCCGCCCCCCACGUUCUCAGUCGACCCUGCUCCGCCUCCUCCGCCGCCCCCCACGUUCACCCUCGACGUCAGCCCUCCACCUCCGCCGGUUUCCACCUCCGCCGCCCCUCCACUCCAGCCGACACCCACCUCCAUCGCGACUCCACUCAGCCGACUCCCUCCACUCCAGCCGACUCCCACCUCCUCCGCCGUCUUCUCCACCACGGCAGCCGACACCCACCUCCAUCAGUCUUCUUCUUGCAGACUGCUGAGUUUUGGUCAAGCUCUUCUGCUGUAGAUGUCUGCAGAUGUGGUCCGCAGAAUGCAGACGUUUUACCUCUGAAAAAACAAACAGCACCAAAAACAUAUAUAAUUAAUUGUUCGGGUUUGAGACCAAAAACCCAGGAUGGAGGAACAGCCGAAAAGCUUUAGCCGGAAGGAGAAGCGUAAGGCGUUGAAGAAGGAGAAGCGGAAGCAAAUACGGAAGGAGGUAGCCGAGAAAGCUCGCGCCCAGGAAGAAGCUCGCCUCAAUGAUCCUGAACUGCAACGACAGAUUCAGAUGGAGGAGGAGAGAGAGAAAGAGAGGUUAGAGAGGGAAAGAAAGGACUUUGAGGAGAGAGAGAGGAUCUUUCUAGAGAAGAAGAACAAGGAAGAAGAAUUAGAGCGGAUCGAAAGAGAAUCAAAGCUACAGCUGGAAGGAGCUGAGGAAGGUCAUAAUGAAGAUGAUGAAUGGGAAUAUGUAGAGGAGGGGCCUCCUGAAAUCAUUUGGCAAGGAAAUGAGAUAAUAGUUAAGAAGAAUAAAGUCAGGGUGAAGAAGAAAGACGCCAAUCAAGAAACGAAAGAAGAGGAUCCUAAUAGACCUACAUCAAAUCCACUUCCUCCACAACAUGAAGCCUAUGCUGCUUUCAAGAAUGCACCCAUGACAUCAGCAGAGUUGCUGAACACUGUUGCCCAGCAGGUCCCAAACUUUGGUACAGAACAGGAUAAAGCUCAUUGUCCAUUUCACAUAAAAACCGGAGCAUGUAGAUUUGGGUUGCAUUGUAACAGAGUUCAUUACUACCCAGAUAAAUCUAACACGUUGCUCAUCAAGAAUAUGUACAAUGGACCUGGCCUUGCUUGGGAACAAGAUGAGGGACUUGAGUAUACAGAGGAGGAAGUGGAGCGCAGUUAUGAAGAAUUUUACGAAGAUGUGCAUACAGAGUUUUUGAAGUUUGGAGAAAUUUUAAAUUUCAAGGUGUGCAGAAAUGGUUCUUUCCAUUUGCGAGGCAACGUAUAUGUCCACUAUAAGUCGUUGGAUUCAGCUGUGAUGGCUUACAGUGCUGUACAUGGUCGUUAUUUUGCUGGCAAACAGGUUAAAUGUGAGUUCGUUAGUCUAACUAGAUGGAAGGUUGCCAUAUGCGGGGAGUACAUGAAAUCAAGGCUCAAGACAUGUUCCCGAGGGUCUGCUUGCAACUUUUUACACUGUUUCAGUAACCCUGGUGGAGACUAUGAAUGGGCUGAUUGUGAUAAAGCGCCGCCUAGAUAUUGGGUCAACAAGAUGACUGCUUUGUUCGGGUAUUCAGAUGAGAGUCCAAAGGACCAGCAACACUCCUCCACGAUAUUUACAUCAGACAGAGACAGUUAUCACUACAAAAGACACCGGUCUAUUGACUCGAGUCAACACAACGGAAAUUCCAGUAGAAGCUACCGUGAAGAAACUCAUGCACGAAAGAGCAGACGCCGUGAACGCCAAGAAGAUGACAACGUUUAUGAAGAUGCAACGGAAUAUAUAAAUAAUCACAACCCGGAAACUGAUUCUGAUGGAGACCGGUUGGACAGGAAGAGGCACGGUGAUCGUUCAGAAAUACACACCAGGAAAAAGAGUAAAUCGAGAGAUCAUCAUAGGAGAACUCCUGUCUCUCGUGGCAGUAGUAGUUCUGAUGAAGAUUUAUGCACACACGCUCACGCUAAAAGGAAGUCACGACACAGAAAGAACAUCGCAGAGUCAUCUAAAGAUGUGAAAACCGAACCUAGUGAAGGCGACUUGUUAAGACAGAAAACCAAAUCCACCCGUCGAAGAUCACGGCAUGAUGAUCGCGUUGAGGUGGACUACCAAGAAUCUAAGAAAGCUGAGGGCCGUAGACAGCAUCGGCCCAGGUCACAUGAAAGUGCAGACAAAAAUGACGCAAGUGACCGUUGGCAGCCGCACAUUGAACAUGAUUAUGAUUAUGAGAUAUCUGAUGGUAGGAAACCGAAAGACAGGAUAAUAGAUCAUGAAACACCUUCGGGUAGUGUUGUGGAAGACGCAUCAAAAGAAAUGCAGCGUAGUCGUGAGCGUGACGACAGAACAAGGGAGAAGAGAAAAAGAAUUUGAGAAAAGUCGGUCUAGACUGACAAAACUGACUGACCAGACUGGAACUGGCUAUGUUCGGUUCGGUUUGGUUUGCGGCCAUAGAGUUUGUGAAUUAGCUUGAACGUAUAAUUACUUUUCAAAUCUGAGACGAUGUCGUUUUAUGUUUAUUUUCAUAUAAAUUAGAAUAUUCCGAGUUCAAGUUU